UUUAAUCCAUAUAGAUAUAAAGGUCAUAUUGGUCCUUUUCAUACUCAACUCUAGUUUUUGUUCGUUUUGUUGGUUAGUGAUAUUCCCUCCCCCACUCUUCUAUAAGUAUUCUAAAACAUUUCUUCAUCAUACUUAUUUACACACUCUCUUUGAAAUUUCUCUCUGGUAUUCUUCUUUUCUUAUCAUCAUCGUCGAUGUCUUCAUCUUCCUCCUCUUCGUCGUUCGCGGACACCGAACACGAAACCGAUAAGCCUUUACAACUCGUCGGUCACUCAUUCUCGUCUACUUCAUCGGUUUCAUCACGUUCAUCCUCGUUAGAAUCAUGUUUAUCUUUCGCAUCCUACCCAAAUGACGAUUCAUUUGUAGAUUCAUCAUCUCCCACUCUCCGAAUUCCAUUUUCAUGGGAACAACACCCCGGAGUUCCCAAAUUUUCUCGCUGCAGAACAAAAAACGACCCAUCUCUGAUUGUGCUCCCAUUACCACCAGCGCCAGGGAAUUCAAGAAAAUUCAAUCUAGAAUCUAUUUUCACAGUGCAGAAGAAAACUAGUUUUACGAAUAUGAACAGAGAUCCGUUUGCUGCUGCGUUGAUGGAGUGUUCUAAAGAGAAGGAAAUGGAUGAUAGCUUAAUGAAUGCUUACUGGGAAAGUGGAGAUAAUAAUAAGGUUGUGACAUCUCGAUCAUUAAGUGACCGGUUCGGGUUCAUUGAUCGAUAUGUAUCUUGCAAAAGAUCGUGUGCGGUUUUGGAGUCAAAAGUUUUUGUACCGAGAUCCAGCAAAAGUUCAUAUGAUCGAGUAAGGUUAAUCAAUAACCGGCCAUCUUCAUAGUUAAUCAUGGAUCAGGGGUUUUAAGUUAUAAGCAAGGUUUCUAAUUAAUUCUGCAAAGUAAGUUCCUUUGAUGCUUGAGUUUAUGAUUGUAUACUCUCUGUAAUUAAAUUAUGUUGUAGAAGACAUAUAGUAUGGGACAAGCUUUUCUGUCAGGGCGGCCAUAUGUCAAUAAUUGAUCAAAGAAGGUGGUUGGCAUAUGGUAUUGGUAGCUAGAGGACCAGAGGUUUUUGUCUGUGUUUUGAUUUUUAUCAUCAUAUCCGAAAGUGUUGUAGAUACAAUUAGUCUUUGAUAUAUAAUGUAGCUUAAUUGUUUAUCAAAAAAAUGAAAAAUAUAUAGUGUGUAGCUUAAUUGCAAUGCA